AUGGUGGCCCCGAUUGGUAGCACCGGUUGUAAGGUAGAGUGGGACAAGGUUAAUCGUUUACAGGGCAUUGGAUCAUCGUCGUUCAUGUUGUCGCUCUAUAAAUCGCCGAAGAAACACAGUUUAACAGCCAGCGAGAAGCCCAAGUGGGCCAAAACCAAUAAACCCAGAACCACGGUGGAUUGCUUUUUCUCCUCUUGUCCAAAGAUUGUACCAAAGUACUGCGACAGCUUCACAGCAAUGCUCAAACCGCUGAGCAAGCAGCCGAUUCCGAUGCAUGUCCAUUUCAAAGCUGUGUCCAGCACAUGGUGGUUGAUCAACAAGCCGCGGAAUAUACUCAAAAAGGCAGCCGGAAUCCACAUGAUGUUCGAGUACGAGUAA